AGACGCGACAAGGAGCAACCAGGGAGACAGACGGACGACGACGGCCGCGGCGGCGAUGAUAAUGGCCUCGACGACUGCCCGCGGAGAAGGCUCGACUGCGAUGUCGGGAGAACGCAAGGCUUUGCUGAGGCGUCUUGCCAUCCAAGAGGCCAGCAGGCGGUCGAAUGGUGCAGAGGGCAGCAGCCGGCCAGGAGAGCAGGUGGACACGAGCAAUGCGGAGGACAAGGACGGGCUCGUCAGGGUAUUGGAGGAGGAGCGGACAAGAAACGACCAUGAGUGGAAGGUCGUCAGAGAAGAGUUGGCUCGGCUGCGGCCGCCGGAGGGCGACGCAAAGAUGGGCUCGAGAGAGGCAAAGGCGCUGCAGCUUGCCAAGCUUGAUUUCGACAUUCAGACCAUGGAGGACGACCUCGAGGAGCUGCCGCCGGCACAGACGACGCUGAUGCACGAGGUGCGCAUUCGGGCAGUACUGGCAGAUGCCGUCUCCCAGCUCGAGGAGGCCUUGCAUGUGCUGAGGACACAAGUCGAAGAGGAGAAGCACGCACGGGACCGGCAGCGGAGGAUGCUCGAUGAUCUCAAAGAGGUCGCAGUCGGCCUUCAACAACGGCGGGCCAAGAUCGAGACCAAGAGCAAAGAGAUGGACAUCAAUGUGAUAAUCAGCAACCUGGAGAAAAAGGUCAAGGACGCCAACGCGGCCCUCAAGCAGCUUCUGCGAGCCGUGACGGCCUCGUCAGACUACGCUAUCCUCGGCGACUCGGGGUCACGGACCUCGAUGGACUUCCGUCUGCUUGUCGAUGCGCUGAUGAACACGGCCUGGUCAGAGCCAAACAACCCGUACGUCGAUGUUGCAGACUACACGCCCGCUGUCGUCCACUUCCUGCUGCGGGCCAAUGUGGCAGUGGAGCAUCCUCGCGAUGCACGAAAGGUGGCUCUCGUGGCCUUUGCAAAGAGGAUGACGGCUUGAGAGGUAUGCGUUCUAUCUGAUGUAAUUGUACAAUGUGAAUAUGUUCCAG